UCGGGUUAUAACGAUGUUUGCGCAGCCCUGCGGCCUGGACCGAGGGAGACUGGCGGAUAGGUCGGAGACGUUAGAGGCCCGAUCUCUGUGCCGCACAUACAGAGGUGUGCUAAACACCUGCGUACAGUCGAAGUUCUUGCGAGAUAUGCAAGUAUUACCCAAGUGGCGAAACGUCUUGAUUUUCAGAAAUGCGUUUGCUACCCAUUCCUCGUCAACCCAAUUCGCUCCUUUCCAUUCCACACCGACUUCAUGUGAGAAAUGGAAGAAAAAAUGGAACUCGGAUGUAAGAAGAGAUCAACAGCCUUCUAAGAAUUAUAUCAGAUAUGCAACACGUCAGAAGCGUGCUGAUGCAAAGAAAGCUCUAAAAGAUCUUCUCUUUCACUGUGGGUCCUCUAAAAUUUCAUUUCAGAAUGAAGAACCAGGACAGGCAGAUCUUUCAAAUCGUUCCAGUAAGAAAGGUCGGUCAAGGUCUUCUCGCCAUGCAAAAAGAGCCCACUACAAUAGACGACAGUUAAGAAGGGAGAGUAUCUUUGAAGACUUCGAUGAUCAUUCUGAGACCGUCUUCCAAUCAACAUUUGGGAGUAGACGCUUUACUUGGUCUUUCUAUUCAUCUGAGGAGCCUUUUUUCCAAAGUUCAACGACUGGAUUUGAGAGGAGGGAGGAAUCAUACUCGAAAAAAAGCAGGCAUAAAGAAUGGGAGACUUCGAGUGAGAAUGAGUCUUAUGAUGAACCAUGUACUGUGGGCUCAUUUUCAGAUAGAAGUAUACUUGGUCUGCCUCCUAAAGGUCCUUUAAAAGUUGAGGAUAUCAAAAAGGCUUUCCGCUUAUCAGCUUUAAAGUGGCAUCCUGAUAAGCAUCAAGGGACUUCACAGGCUAUGGCUGAAGAGAAGUUCAAACUUUGCGUUGAUGCAUACAAAUCACUCUGCAAUGCUCUCUCAACUGUUUGAUCGUUAGGGUUUUUAUCCAAGUACAAAUAGCUUUCCAGUAGGUUUACCUUUUUGGAGUCAUGCUAGAAUAAGAGGAUAGGUUUAGAGUUAAAUUUAUUUUGUAAAUGUAUUUAUAUUUUGUCAUAACUUAGUGCAAAAUAUGUCACUUGUAGUCAACAUGCUUGUCAUUCGAAUUUUACCUGCAUAGCAUUAUUACUAAUAAAAGAACAGGUUGGUAUUCUAAUGAAA